ACAUCAGAUAGACACGUGAUGUAAACGUCAUACUCUGCGAUUGCUAUAACUUUCAAUGUCUGGCAUCGUGGUUAAUUAGCUGGUGCCUAUUUCGGCUAUCAUCAUGGCUUACCUGCACCUUUUGUUUGCCGCUUGUGUCCACUAUUCAGUCUUUUGUCAUUGGAUGUUUGUUGGAGCUACAGGUAGUCUAACCUCAGCAUCCAAUCUUGUCCAGAGCUCAGUUGUCACACACUCAUUUGGAAAAAAUACCUCCAUUCCCUCUCCAAGGAAGACUGUGACUUCUACCAAGGUGACUGUUACAUCAUCAUCUUCCUCUGUUGUACCUUCUCCUCGCAAGACUGUCAAACCUGGCAAUUUGACUGUCACAGCUUCAUUUAAUGGAACUGUUACACCUCAGAACAUGACUAUCACACCUUCACACAUGACAACAGCAGUACUUAACAGCAGUGUAAUGCCACCAAGUACUGGAACAAUCAGACCAACUCCUGUGCCCACUGUGUUACCAUCAUCUACUGUGCAUCCCACACCUACCUCACUCCCACCAGGACCAGGCAACUUUACAGUGAAAAACAAUGGUACAGUCUGUUUGUUUGCUUAUAUGGCAGCCAAAUUUGAUGUCACAACCAGUUCAAAGAAAUUAACCUUCGAGCUUCCAAAAAAUGCCAAGUCAAGUGGUGAAUGUGACACCAGAAGCAAAGAUCACCCUUUCAUCAAAUUAAGCUGGAGCACUCACAGUCACGAUUGUAGCUUCACCAUGCACUUUGAGAAAUUUUCUAAAGACACAACAACAAAUACAGUGACUCAGUACUGGAUGGCUGCUAAUUUAACAUUCUCAGUGAAAUUCAACAACUCUACCACUGUAUUCCAUUCUGUCAAAGAGACAUUCCAUGCACUGUCUGCCGGCAUCGGUGAUGCUUAUGCCUGUCCAUCUGCUCCUGCCAUCAAUCUUACAGCUAAGAAAUCCAGUGCUGAAGUUACUUUGACUAGAUUUAAGUUUCAACCCUUUGGUGUAAAAAGUGGGCAUUUUGGCAAUGUGACAAAUUGUGUUCACCCUACGACUCCAACUGCAUCUCCGUCUACAAGUCCACCGAAAACAAAGCAGCCGAAUAGGCAACAUGAAAGUCACACAGUAGCCAUUGCAGUUGGGUGUUCAUUGGCUGGGCUUGCUCUUGUUGCUGUCAUUGGCUACUUGAUUUGGCGACACUGUAGCCGCAACAAUCAAGGUGGAUACCGCAAGUUGUAAUGCACUGCAAGAA